UAUCAAGCCGUUAUCACCUUUGACGCACACACACACACACACAGCUGACCAUCCGCGUCGCCGCUUCAGUUACAGUUCAGUGUGCGAUCGGGUCGGUGCAAGUGCGUUUCUGUUGGCUCUCUAAUCCUAGUAGGCGAGGAUGCGGCUCCUUGGAUGGGUGACGGCAGCAUGCAGCAUCGUGGCCUGCUGCGGGAGUCAAUUGCGGUUUCCGUACGGUGAUACCAGCUUUAGUUUGGCCGUGUACAAGGCCGCCUUUGACCCCGACCGGAACAUUGUGGUGGCGCCGUUUGUUUUGCGAAACAGCGUCGUGAUGCUGUACUCGAUCGCGACGGAUGCUGUGCGAGACAAGCUGCGGGAGGUGUUUGGCCUGCCGACGAACUUUACGGAAUUUUUGACGAAUCAGAAGGAGCUACACUACACUCUUGGGGGUGGCGGUGAUGGGUUCCGGAUGAAGAAUCGGAUUAUCGUGAACGGGUUCAGGGAGGUUGAUGUACACAUGCGGGAUGUGAUGAAGGAAGAUCUGGAUACCACGAUCGCCUACUUUGAUUUCAUUCAACGGGAAGGGGUGGUGCGUCGAGUGAAUCAUUUUGUGAAUUUCAACACGAACCGAGCUGUUGGCGGGAUUGUGAAGAUCGACGAUGUUCCGAAGCAUCUACAGCUGGUUCAGGUUUGUGCUGCUAGCUUUAGACCUCCGUUUGCGAGUUCGUUCGAUCCGAAGGACACCAAUCCGAGGGACUUUUGGAGUGGAUUGAUUGAGAAGCUGUAUAGUACAAUGACCAUGUUCAAACGAGGAGACUUUCGGUUCUCGAGGAUUCCGGAACUGGAGAUUGAGGUGUUGGAGUUACCGUUUAUCAAGUCCAGCGAUGCUGUUAUGUGGAUUAUGCUUCCGGAUAGGGAUGCCUCGCUGGAAGCGAUCAUGAAAGCUUUGGAGCCUGGACAUUUCGACGCAAUCCAGGCGCAUUUCUCUUUGAAACGAGCUGAAAUCACGGUUCCUCUGUUCUCAAUAGAGUCCGAAUUCAACGCAACAGAGUUCCUCCAAGGAAUUGGCCUUGAUGUGCUGUUCAAGAACCGUGAUCUGCGGGUUUUCGAAGACGUUGAUUCAUCUCUGGACAGUGUAAUGCAUCGAGCUGGUAUACGUUUGCACGAGAAGACAGCGGAUGCCGGUGGUGCUUCCGUAGUUCGGAGCUUUAACAAACGGAGUUCAAUUUACCAGUACGUUGUGGCGCGUUCCUACCUCUUUGUAAUAGUCAAGAAGACCAGCAAACAGAUCCUGUUCAUGGGUCAUCUCCACAAGCCGGACGAUUUGGUAGAAGUUUGAAACCUCAGGUGUAACCGUGUACAGUGCGAUGUGAUAAAAGCAGAAGUGGAUCUUAA